CAAAAUCGAAGCUAUAUAACCCUAACAGUUGACAAGGAAAAGCAAAGCAGAGAAAAAUUCGCGACUAAAGACAGCAACAAAAAAAAGGAAAAUACAGUGAAAAACACCACCCAUUUUUGUAAUUUCACACAGUAACAACGAAAUAAAUAAUGUUUCGUACAAAUUUUGAUAAAAAUUUGGAUGGAGCCACAAGCCAUCUCUUGUUGGAGCCUGAAUGGCCAUCGAUUAUGGUGUGUUGUGAUGCCAUAAAUCAGAAGGAUACAACGCCCAAAAAUGCCUUUGCAGCCAUAAAAAAGAAAAUGAAUUCCACAAAUCCCCAUACUGCCUAUUACGCUUGUCUGGUUCUGGAGUCGGUCGUUAAAAACUGUGGCACACCAAUGCACGACGAAGUUUUCACAAAAGAAAACUGUACCAUGUUAAGCCAAUUCUUGGAACAGACCAAUCACGACAAUGUACGGGCAAAAAUGCUGGAAUUAAUACAAACCUGGGCGUAUGCAUUUCGAAAUUCCGAAAGAUACCAAGCAAUCAAGGACACAAUGACCAUACUGAAAGCCAAGGGACAUCAAUUUCCGGAACUUAAAGAAGCAGAUGCCAUGUUUGCCAUGGACACGGCACCCAACUGGACCGAUGGUAAAAAAUGUCAUCGGUGUCGUGAUGAUUUUAGCUUUACCAAUCGUAAACAUCACUGUCGCAAUUGUGGUCAGGUUUUUUGUGGCCAAUGCACAAGCAAAUCAUGUCCCCUACCCAAGUUUGGUAUUGAAAAGGAUGUACGCGUUUGUGAUGGCUGUUAUGCGCAAUUACAAAGGCCCACUUCGGCUAAGGCAUCUGCUGGACGCACAGGUGAAAAUGAUUUACCAGCUGAAUAUUUAAACAGUUCGUUGGCCCAACAAGUGCAGACACCACCACGAAAAACAGAACAAGAAUUAAAAGAGGAAGAAGAAUUGCAAUUGGCUUUGGCACUGAGUCAAUCGGAAGCCGAAAGCAAAAAACAACAACAACAGCAGCAACAACAGACCAUUGCUGCUUAUCGCAUGCAACAACGUUCACCUAGUCCCGAAGCACCACCGGCACCCAAAGAACCUCAACCCGAAGAAACUAAUCCAGAUUUGGCCAAAUAUUUGAAUCGUAGCUAUUGGGAACAGCGCAAAGGUAACGAAUCCCCAAUGGCAAGCCCAUCGGCACCGAGUCCUAUGCCAGCAACACCACAACCCCAAAUGGGUCCACAGCAACAGCAACAACAGCAACCAUUGACUGCCAACGAUUUUCGUCCCAAAUCAACAGAUGAACAAAAAAUCGAUGAAUUUGCCGCCAAUAUGCGUGCACAGGUGGAGAUAUUUGUUAAUCGCAUGAAAUCGAAUUCGAGCAGAGGUCGUAGCAUUGCCAACGAUAGUUCAGUGCAGACACUCUUCAUGACAUUGACCAAUUUGCAUUCACAACAGUUGUCGUUCAUUAAGGAGCUGGACGACAAACGAAUGUGGUAUGAACAGUUGCAGGAUAAAUUGGCCCAAAUCAAAGACUCAAGAGCUGCUCUCGAUGACUUGAGGAAUGAACAUGCCGAAAACUUGAGACGCAUGGCCGAGGAACAGGAACGUCAGCGGCAAAUACAAAUGGCCCAGAAAUUGGAAAUCAUGCGCAAAAAGAAACAGGAAUACUUACAAUAUCAACGCCAGUUGGCGUUGCAUCGUAUACAGGAACAAGAGAGGGAAAUGCAACUGCGCCAGGAACAACAAAUGGCUCAAUAUCGCAUGAAUCAGACAGCAUUCCCCUUUAUGCCGGCAAUGGCAGGUAUGCCGCCACAAGGAUCACCUUCGCAGCAACCGCAAAUGACUGGCAUACCACCUCCAGGUGUCUAUAAUCCCUACUCACCCAGUGCCACAACCACAGCUGGUGGAGCCAUUGGAGGAAUGCCUCCAUAUCAGAAUCAUACCACACAGGCCACAGCUAUGCAAUAUCCUGGCAUGCCACCUCAGGGUAUGCCACAGGCCGGAAAUAUGAUGAUGCCACCACAACAAACAGCGCUGAAUCAAGCACACAUGCAAAAUCACAUGCAGGCUGGGGGCAUGAUGCAGCAGCAGCAACCACAUCCAGGACCACCAAUGGGAGUAGAACCACAAUCACAACAACAACAACAGCAACAACCACCUAUGACACAUAACCAUCACGCUCAGGUCAAUAAUCAAAUACCCGUUACAAAUAACCAAACCAUGCCGCAACAAGGACCACAGGUAUCCAUGGGUGGAGUCCCACCACCACCGCAAUCGCAGCAACAUCAUCAGCCACAAUUAGCCCAUGUUAUGUUGCAACAACAACAGCAUCUUAUGCAUGCCCAAUCACCCAUACCAAAUAUAGGCAAUUUACCACCAACACAAACCAAUGGAAUGACCACAAUUUCUUCGCCACAACUGCAACAGCAACAGGCGCCAUCUCUACCACCCCAGAACCAUGUCCCCACCCAACAACCCCAACCACAGAUGCCACCAAUUCAACAGCAUACGCCACAACAGGCGGCUUCACAGAUUCAGGCUAUACAGUCGGCCCCAGCACCUCCACAGCAUGAACCCGAACCAGUAGCCGCACCACCACCUGCUCACGAGGAACCGGCCACUGCCGAAUUGAUUAGUUUCGAUUAAGCACCAUACCAGGGGAUGAGAGAGAGAGAGAAAACGAAGGAAGAAAGAAAAGUACUCACGUGUUAUAAAAAGGUUAAUUUUUGUUUUUUCGGUCAUAGGCUUCGCAUUCCCUAUUAUGUCUAUUGUGUAUUAUUAUUAUUAUUACUAUUACAACUACUAUUAUAAUUAUUAUUAUUAUUUUUAAUUAUACCGAUGAAUAUCAAAGGAACUAUUUAGGUUCAAAAACUAAUUGUUUUAUUAAAUAAAGAAUUUCUAAAAUAAAUAAAAAAAAAAAA